UCAAUGUAAUCCAUUUUGAAUUCAGGCUAUGACACUACAAAAUGUUGAAUAAGUCAAGGGGUAUGAAUACUUUCUGAAGGCACUAUAUCACACAUUGCAGAUGGAAAGCAAAGAUCUAAGCUAUCAAAUGGGCUUUGUCAACUCCAAAGGUCAACCCCUAUGUUUAUCAGUAUAUGAAUGCUUGGCAAUUUCUCUUGUUUCUAAACAUAUUUAAGAUACAUAGGCAGUUUGUGGUGACUGAAUGAGGAAAUGUUGAAGAGGGAUGUGAUUACUAUGAAAAAUGUAACUUCUCAAAAUUACAAGAUAAGUACUCAUGGUGCAAUGCCGAGCCAGCAAAUAAUGUGUAGAUAGCCAAGGAAGUACCAGGUGCACGAAACAUCCUUGGGUACAAAAUCUCUUAGGUCAAUUUUCUAUGGACCUUUCAAAUCUACAGUAGGCCAUACAUUUGAGAUUCAGAAUAGGUAUUAGGAUGUUUGUAUGUGUUUUAUAGUAUAAAUAACAAUGAAAAAAAAAUCCUCAAUCAUGUAUGACGAGUUUCAGUGCUGAUUCUUUUGUUUGAUUCUCUGUGAUGUCAUACAGCCCAAUAGCCUACACUGCAUGAGUUCUGAACAAGCAUUGCAUGUACAUGCAUGUUUUCACCCUAAAGCGGAGCUUGUGCAGUUCAUUCCCGUUGCCUCGGUUACCGGGAUGGGCUUGCACUGGCAAUAAAUACACCACACCUUGACUCUCAGGUGUGGCAAUUGUGUCAGUGCAAUCUGAGGCUUCGUCAUGAGAUCAGCAAAACCAUAACGUUUACCUCUUUCACUCAAAGGUUACUCAUGGUACAGUUGCUGUACUUUUAACUUAACAAAGGCAUUGAAAAGUUUUGUCGGCCUGUCAACCAAACACCACCAACAAGUCACAGCUAAAGUUGCUCCUGAGUUGUAAUAGCGGUUUGGACUUUUCAUUUCUUCGGGCCAAAAGGUCUGCUGUUACUCUUGACAACAUCCAAUCAGGAAACUUGGCACUGAGAACCUGCACAGCAACAACAUGGAGCCAAGAGAGGAAGAGCAAGAAAUGGAGAAGGAGGAGGAGGACAUUUACAUUCCCAGGUCACCUCCCAGGAAUGCUCAAGGCACAGAUGCAGUCUCGGGGAACCCCACAUUAGCUGCUGAUGACAGGCCAGCCCCGCCCAGCAGCCUGGCUCUGACAGGGCCCCGACCCAGGAAGAAGCGUCUGGUGGCUCCCGCCCUAAGUCUGACGCUGGAUCGCAGUGACUCGGCGGUGUCCGACGACUAUGCCACAGCUGCCCUCUCUCCCUCCCCUGAUGACGACGAUCUGGGGCUGGACAUCGACUUGGAUGCCAUGGAAACGCCCUCGGACAGCGAGUCCCUCCAUUUUCCAGUGCACGACAUGGAUUUGGAGGAUGACCUGCUUCGUCUGGGAGUGGCAUCCCGUUGCCAUAAGGCCCGUGGGUCAGUACCAGAGCAGAUGGGAGUGGGCUCUCUUGACCAAGACCAAGUGGACAGCCAGGGCACUAGGUGGCGCCGGUUCCGCACAGGAGAUCCGCUUCAGGAGAGUCUGGUCAACAUGAGUGUACUGGAACCUUUCCUUCGAGUCUUGUCACAUGGGGGCUACUAUGGAGAAGGGUCUAAUGACAUCAUUGUGUUCUCUUCCUGCUAUCUCCCUGAAAACAACAUGGAGAACUACCAGCAUGUCAUGGACAACCUGUUCAGGUACGUUGUGGGAACGUUGGACCUGAUGGUUGCGGAGAACUACGUCAUUGUGUACCUGUGUGCCAUGGCCCAGCGUGACAAGCUCCCCACCAUUGGCUGGCUCAGAGAGUGUUACACCACCGUUGACAGAAGGUUGAGGAAGAAUCUGAAAGGUCUGUACAUUGUACACCCAACCUGGUACAUCAAGGCCCUGAUCACCAUCAUCAAGCCCUUCAUCAGCUCCAAAUUCAGUCGCAAGCUUCAGUUUAUCGACAGCCUUCGGGAGCUGUCCCAGCACAUCUCUAUUGAGCGUGUGCAGAUCCCCGACUGCGUCAGACAGUUUGACGAGAAUAUGGACAGGUGAUAUGCUGAAAAGGUUGAUCUGGACCACAGUGCAAAGGUACAUGAAGACAAAACAGUGGACUAAAAAAGGCUCAAAUCUGUCAACCAAUUACUUGACACGGAGGAUGAACCUGGCUGCCCAAUCGCACGUCAGUUGUCCUAUGAGACAACUUUAACCAAAGCAUCUACUGGAGGACCACAAGAAGAAACACUGAGCUCCAAAGGUAUCGAGACUGUAACCACGUUUCCAUCCACAGUUUUUAUGCAGUAAAAUCAUACCAUAUAAAAAAAACCAAAAAAACAACAGCUGAUGGAAACAGGAAGUUUCGGUGCAAUGUUAUAAAUGCAGACAGAUCAUUUGUUCGUUCGACAUGUCGGGAUAUUUUUGUGUCAGUAAAAUGAAUAAUGUGAGAAAUGGCAGUGGAAACGCCUUCAUGCACAAAUAUUGAUAUAAUAACCAUCAUAUCGAAGGUAACUUGGAGUCACGCGAUGUAAUGGGGCGUGGUUCUCCCGCUACAACUCAGGAAACCAUGCAGAUUAUUAGGCUACAGAUGAAGUGAUGGAUUUUACAGGGUGGUGAAAGUGCAAUGUGAUCUUUAUGCCCCUUUCCAAUACAUUUUGAGGGUCUUAUUCUGGUGACAUGAUGAUCAGUGCUUGACUGCCAUUUUUGACCAAUAAAAAUAUUCUCACCUCUUA